AUGCCCGGGUUCAGGUCCUUUUUCCGGCGUCCACGGCGACUUGCCCCAUGCCAUAACGGGUUGGAAACCGACGACAACGGGGCCAGCUCCAACAAUGAAAAAUGCUCCCGGUGUCCCCGGGACUGGUCCGCCAUCUUCCUAACCGCCCUCCGGCUGCUUCAGUUCACAUAUUUCGCAUUCGCCUACUACUCACUCCACGGCCUGUGGCGAUCAGGUUACUUCCAUCAGGAUGGUCAGGGGCGCACACAUCACGAGCGGCGAAUGAUGCGCUGGAUUCGGAUGCAGGCUUCUAUGACCCUCAUCUACCACGCCGGUGCCCUAGUUGUGCCAUGGCUGCUUCGGCUGCUCAAGGCAACGAAACGUCCCUUCACCAGCUUGGUAGCCGUCUUCGCCGAUGGAUGCGCAAUGAUGACCCUGCUGAGCAUGCUGGUCAUGCUUGACACCAGCCAUGAGGGGUUUUGUCACGGCGCUUCCCCCAUAGCCGAAUUCGAUUUGCGCGACAUGUUCCAUUAUGGCGAGGGUGGGAGUCACUACCGCUCGAGCCACCGUUUUGUUUGCCAGUCACUGGAUGUUGUAUUUGGGCUCGGUGGGCUUAUUGUACUCUCUUACUUUGUGACCGCUGUGACGACCGCUCGGCGUGCGAAGCGGGAUUCUUGCACCGUGGCGGCAAAAGUUGAGCCUCCUCAUGACAUCGAGCAGGGCAUCUCAGAGCCCGCUCGCCGCGAAGUGCCGGACUCACCAGUCACGCCAUCGCGGCGGCAUUCACCACCACCAUCCUAUCAUUCCGUGGUCCCCGAGCCAGCUCAGGAGCGCCCAGAUCCAUCCAGGCGUCGGUCCAGCCAAAGCUUACGGAGCCGGGCCUCGAUGGAGACGACAUCAUCCAUCGGCCUCGAGAGGUACGGGUAUGUGGUGUCAGACGGAUGGCGGGCUCCGGAACAGCCCCCAAUGUACUCGAGCCGGCCGCCCAGUUUGCGUCAUGUGGAGGUGCAAGAAUAA